AUGGGCAGUUACCUCAGCCGGGCUCGCCCGUGCCCGCCGUGGCCCGCUCUGCGUGGCGGGGACCGGCUGGAGAAGCCCGGGCGCCUGCGGCCCGCGCACGCCCGCCGUGUUCCCCCCGCCUCCCGGGCUAACUCGGCGGCCUGGUCCCUGGCGCUGACCCGCAGGCUGUCUUACGAGGACCGCGUGGCUUCACCCCGUCGUCGCCAGCACCGGCGGCGGCUCCUUGUGGUCCACAGGCAGCGAUAUCCGAUGGAGCGGGCCCGGUGUCUGCACCUGCGCGUCUUUUCCUCGGCGCCCUGGAGGGGCCGUCAGCACCAGCCGGCGCUGCCUGCUUCCAGCUCCAGGAUGCUCUGCACCUCCGUGAUCCUGAAGAUGGCAUCUGCUAAGGGCAGACUGACGCUGCGUGUGGCUCUGGAGCAGUCGGUCGUGUAUAUAUGGCCCUCACUCGCGGACCACCUCUCAAACCCUCAUGCAAAGGAGGCCCUGAUGAGGGCCCUUAGAGAGAGCACUCAAGUGCGAGCCGAGGAGGAGAAAGCCCUGACCACCCCGGGUGACAGGAGGAAAGCACUAGCAGAGCACCAGGACGGCCACAUGGCCCUUGAAAGGCAGGACGGUCCACGAAGGGGCUCAGAUGGCAGGGGGAGUGCACAGUCUGCAUUUCAGAGCCUGAUGGUCAACGGAGUCCUCUCUUCCUUUGUGCCCAGGCCUGGGCCUCUGAAGAGAGACUUCUGGUACAAGAACUCAGCAAACAGCCUGCUAAGGAAAUCCCAGACCUCCUUCACAAGCACUUGCAGCAGACAAACUGCCAUCAGCAGUUCAUACAGUUCCACUGGAAGCUUCCCACUGCUGCAGAAGAGAAAUGGUGCAGGCGCCACUGGGUUCCCCAGCCCGGCCGCAUCCGGUUCCCAGGUGACAGAAGAGAGCGCCAGCGAGGAAGGCCGGCAGGCUAGCACUGUAGCCUCAGUGGCACCACAAAGGAAGAUCAAGCAUGAAAGGGUUGUAGAUGCUCCCUCAGGGCAGAAACAAAACCUGAGGGAUUGCUCUCCUCCAUUUGACAGUUCCAGGCCCCAGAAGCGCAAGAUUUCUCUGCUGCUUCCCUGUAGAAGAAAUGACCCGCUGAUCCUGCCCUCACCCCCCCAGCUAGGUUAUCGAGUCACUGCUGAAGACCUUGACUUAGAGAAGAGAGCAGCCAUCCAGUGCAUCAACCAGGUCUUGAAGGGUAAGACUGAGGCCAUAUCCACCUGCGGGGCCGUUCAGCCUUUCCUUUCUUCCACUCUGCCGGCUUCCAGGGCUUUCUGCACCAGUCCCCCUCCAGUCUCAGCACUCAGUUACAGUGCAAGUGCUUCAGGAAGAUCGCAGAACUCCCCAGGCCCAGGGGCCUUCCUAUAA